UGCCACCAAACCCCAAUAUAUAACAAAAGAAGCUAGCCGAAGUCUUGAAAUACUAAUUCAUUUUCUUCUUCUCCUUCUCUUUCAAGUUCAAAACAUAACAAAGAAAAGAAGAGAAAAAGUUUUAUGGAAGGACUAAUUCCAUUAGUGUACAAGACCAUUAAAAGGAGCAGAACUCGGCGGCGAUACGAAUGUCUCUCUUUUGGUGCUGCUGACAACUAUAAUAUUGAAAACUUCUAUCCAAAUGGUUUCGUCAAUAGUAAACAGUAUGAAGUGACACCUAGUGAUAAGGUGGCUGCUGGUGGUGGACUUCAGGCACAGAACAACCGGCACCGGCGAACACAGUCCUUCCACGUGGAAUAUACCGGUGGAGUUUCGCCGGAGAUUGGUAGUACUCCGGCAAAGGAUAAAGAACUAGUGCGUUUCAAGGGCCACCGUAGAAUGUUUUCAUGUGUAACUGGUGGAUGGUGAAGCAGGGGCGGCCAAACAUGCAUGAGAGACAUUUAAUUAUUUUUGUAUAAUAUAAAAACUUUCAUAUAUAUUAAUUAUUUGAAAUAUAGUUUUCUAGCUUUUUUAAGAUGCAAAAUUAUGAAUAUUUAUUUUAUAAUCAA